UGCGCCUCUGCGUGAACACUUUAACCUGCGGCACGAUCUCCACACAGAUGUUUCCUCCGGUGCUCCACACGGCCUCUCAGCAGACUCGGUUCGCUGUCAUGCAGCAGCCGCCGGUGAGUCCGUGAAGGCGGCAGGACUGAAGCGGGGUGAAUGUAAAGAGCUUCUUCUGAACUCUCAGGACUCCAGCUGCUGCAUGCGAGGAGGAAACUUUUACUUUCUUCGCUGCUUCUGAACUUCCACACACGGAGAGAAGAGGAAAGGACAGGAGGGGAGGAGAAGGUUCCUCUCUCUCGGCUCUACCUGCGGGUUCCUCUCGCUGUUGAAAUAAAUCAGCUGCAGAAUGUCUGACUCUGCAUCCAGCUUCCUCCACAUCGGGGAUAUUGUAUCCCUGUAUGCCGAGGGCACGGUGAACGGCUUCAUCAGCACGCUGGGGUUGGUAGAUGACCGAUGUGUGGUUGAGCCAGCUGCUGGAGAUUUAGACAACCCUCCAAAGAAAUUCAGGGACUGCCUGUUUAAGGUUUGUCCUAUGAGUCGGUACUCGGCUCAGAAACAGUUCUGGAAAGCCAAACAAGCCAAACAUGAGAAGGACAAGAUUGGUGAUGUGGUUCUGCUACAAAAACUACAGCAUGCAUCAAAUCUGGAGCAGAAGCAAAACGAGACAGAAAACAAGAAAGUCCAUGGAGACGUGGUCAAAUAUGGAACUGUCAUACAGCUGCUCCACAUGAAGAGUAACAAAUACCUGACGGUGAACAAACGGCUGCCGGCUCUGCUGGAGAAGAACGCCAUGCGAGUCACUCUGGACGGGACGGGAAACGAAGGCUCCUGGCUCUUCAUCCAGCCGUUCUGGAAGCUGCGUGCCAAUGGAGACAAUGUGGUGGUGGGAGAUAAAGUUAUCCUGAACCCGGUGAACGCUGGUCAGCCCUUGCACGCUUCAAACUACGAACUGACCGAUCAUCCAGGAUGCAAAGAGGUGAACUCUGUGAACUGCAACACCAGCUGGAAGAUCAACCUGUUCAUGAUGUUCAACGAUCACAGAGAGGAAGUCCUCAAAGGAGGCGACGUGGUGCGUUUGUUUCACGCUGAGCAGGAAAAGUUUCUGACCUGCGAUGAAUACAAGAGCAAACUCCACGUUUUCCUCCGAACCACGCUGAGACAGUCAGCAACAUCGGCGACCAGCUCCAACGCCCUGUGGGAGGUUGAGGUUGUCCAUCAUGACCCAUGCCGCGGAGGGGCGGGACAUUGGAACAGUCUCUACCGUUUCAAACACCUGGCCACUGGAAACUACCUGGCUGCUGAGGAGAACCCGGGUUAUAAAGGAGACAAUGUGGAGCUGUCUUCCUCGAUGGACGGUAGCCGUAGCAACAAGCGGUCCCACGGAGAGAGGAUCAAGUACAAGCUGGUCGCGGUGCCUCAUGGGAGCGACAUCGCCUCGCUGUUCGAGCUCGACCCGACUACGCUGCAGAAAACCGACUCCUUCGUACCACGAAACUCCUACGUGCGACUGAGGCAUCUUUGCACGAACACCUGGAUCCAGAGCACCAACGUCCCCAUUGAUAUUGAUGAGGAGCGACCUAUCAGGCUCAUGUUGGGGACAUGUCCCACGAAAGAGGACAAGGAAGCGUUCGCCAUCGUCUCCGUUCCUGUGAUGGAAAUCAGAGAUCUGGACUUUGCCAAUGAUGCCAGCGCCAUGCUGAGCACUGUGGUGGACCAGUUCAGCCAGGGCUUCAUCAGCCAGAACGACCGCAAGUAUGCCAUCAAGCUGCUGGAAGAUGUGGUUUUCUUUGUGGCUGACGUCAUUAACAGCGGGCAGCCUGUCCUGGAUGUAGUCAUGACCAAACCUAACCGAGAGAGACAAAAGCUCAUGAGAGAACAGAACAUCCUCAAACAGAUCUUCGGCAUCCUGAAGGCCCCCUUUAAGGACCGGCCAGGAGGGGAAAGUCCUCUGCUGUGUCUAGAGGAGCUGGCCGACCAGAAGAAUGCUCCCUACCAGUAUAUGCUCAGACUCAGCUACAGAGUCCUCCGGCACUCUCAGGAUGACUACCGCAAGAACCAGGAGUAUAUAGCGAAGCAGUUCGGUGUGAUGCAGAGUCAGAUUGGGUAUGACAUCCUGGCUGAGGACACCAUCACUGCCCUGCUGCACAACAACCGCAAACUGCUGGAGAAACACAUCACCAAGACCGAGGUGGAGACUUUUGUCAGUCUGGUCCGCAAGAACCGAGAACCCAGGUUUUUGGACUACCUGUCAGACCUGUGUGUGUCCAACAACGUGGCCAUCCCCGUCACCCAGGAGCUCAUCUGUAAAUGUGUACUGGACCCCAAAAACCAGGACAUCCUCAUUAAGACAGAGCGUCGUGUUCCAAAGGAGGCGCCCUCUGGUGGUGUUCAAGGAGACUACAUGGCAAUGGAUGACUUUGGAGAUGAGGAUGAGGUGUGGCUGAUGUGGAUAGACAAAGCUAAUGAGAAGCAGGAGAAAAGCAUCAGACAGCUGGCUCAGGAAGCAAGACAAGGAAAUGCUCAUGAUGAGAACGUCCUCACUUACUAUAGGUAUCAGCUGAAGCUGUUUGCCCGGAUGUGUUUGGACCGUCAGUAUCUUGCAAUAGAUGAGAUCUCCAAACAGCUGGAUGUGGAGCUGAUCUUCCUGUGCAUGAUGGAUGAGACUCUUCCCUUUGACCUCCGGGCAUCCUUCUGCCGCCUCAUGCUCCAUGCUCACGUAGACCGAGACCCUCAGGAACUGGUGACUCCUGUAAAGUUCGCCCGGCUCUGGACUGAGAUUCCAACCUCCAUCACCAUCAAAGAUUAUGACUCUAACAUGGACGACAGCAGAGACAACAAGAAGAACCGGUUCUCCAGUACUAUGGCCUUCAUGGAAGAGUAUCUUAACAACGUCCUUAAUGAUGAUGUGCCAUUCCAUAACGAGGAGAAAAACAAGCUCACAUAUGAGGUGGUGAGUUUGGCUAGACAUUUGAUCUACUUUGGCUUCUACAGUUUUUUUGAGCUGCUCAGACUCACAAGGACCCUGCUGGGCAUCAUUGACUGCAGACCCAAUCCAGGACACGCUGGUCUCUUAUUCAAUGAUGAUGCAUCAGGCAAGAACGUGAAGCGCUCUAUACACGGGAUGGGUCAGAUGAUGUCGACCAUGGUCCUCAACAGGAAACAGUCCAUAUUCGGAGGUGCAGUUCCCAGAGGGGCAGGAAUGGGCCCAGCGCUUGUGCUUGAAGGACAAAGAGGCAGUAAAGAUAGUCUCGACAACAUGGACUUGACAGUGAUGGAUACCAAGCUGAAGAUACUGGAGAUAUUACAGUUCAUCCUGAAUGUCCGCCUGGACUACCGCCUCUCCUUCCUCCUGUCUGUAUUUAAGAAGGAGUUUGUGGACGUUUAUCCCAUGGCUGACGCUGACGCUACCACUAAUAUGGAGCAUGCAGCCACCAUCAACCUGCAGUACAUUGGAGAGCAGGCAGAGGCCAUGUUUGGAGUUGGUAAAGGGAACAGUAUUCUGGAGGUGGACGAUGAAGGUGGUCGCAUGUUCCUGCGGGUGUUGAUCCACCUCACAAUGCACGACUACGCUCCUCUGGUGUCUGCAGCCCUGCAGCUGCUUUUCAGACACUUCAGCCAGCGGCAGGAAAUGUUACAUACCUUCAAACAGGUCCAGUUGCUGAUCUCCGCUCAGGAUGUGGAGAACUACAAGCUGAUUAAGGCAGAUCUAGAUCGCCUCAGGACAUUGGUGGAAAAAUCUGAACUGUGGGUGGAGAAGAAGAGCUCAGGAGGAGGAGAAGGGAAGAAAGACAAGAAAGACAAGAAGGAAAAAACAGAGGGGGCAUCACAAGAGGCAACACCCAAGAAGGAGAAACUGAAGGAGGGUAACGAGAACUACCAGAAAGUCAAAGAGAUACUGGAGAGGUUGCAUAAGAUGUGCAGCAGCGGAGUUUGGAAGAAGCAGCAGAGGCUGCUAAAAAACAUGGGUGCUCAUAAAGUGAUGCUGGACCUGCUGCAGGUCUCCUACGACAAGAACGAUGUGAAGAUGCAGGAGAUCAUCAAGUACACUCACCUGUUCCUGCAGAAGUUCUGUAUGGGGAACCAAGAGAAUCAGGCUCUGUUGCACAAAAACCUCAACUUGUUUCUCAACCCGGGGCUCCAGGAGGCGGAGACGGUGCAGCACAUCUUCAGUAAUAACUACCAACUGUGCAGCGAGAUCUCUGAGAGCGUGCUGCAUCACUUCAUCCACUGCCUGGCGACGCACGGCCGCCACGUCCAGUACCUCAACUUCCUCCACACCAUCAUCAAGGCCGAGGGCAAGUAUGUCAAGAAGUGUCAGGACAUGAUCAUGACCGAGUUAACAAACGCCGGUGAGGACGUGGUCGUCUUUUACAACGACAAAAACUCGUUUAAAGUCAUGCUGGAGCUGAUGGCGGAGAGCAGGGAGGGCAUCAGUGAGACCAGCCCACUCAGGUAUCACAUCUCUCUGGUGGAGCUUCUGGCUGCUUGUGCAGAGGGGAAGAACGUGUACACGGAGAUUAAAUGCACCUCCCUGCUGCCCCUGGAGGAUGUGGUCAGAGUGGUGACCCAUGAGGACUGCAUUACUGAGGUGAAAAUUGCCUACGUGAACUUUGUGAAUCACUGCUAUGUGGACACAGAAGUGGAGAUGAAGGAAAUCUACACAUCCAACCACAUCUGGAAACUGUUUGAGGACUUCACUGUGGACAUGGCUCGGGUCUGUAAUAAACGAGAAAAGCGUCUUUCCGAUCCCGUUCUGGAGAAAUACAUCAUCGGCGUGGUUUUUGACACCAUCAACGCCUUCUUCAGCUCCCCUUUCUCUGAAAACAGCACUUCUCUGCAGACUCAUCACACCAUCGUGACUCAGCUGCUUCAGUCGUCCGUCAGGCUGCUAGACUGUCCCUGGUUGCAGCAGCAGCACAGAGGGCAGGUGGAGGCCUGCAUCAAGACGCUCGCUGUGACAGCUAAGAGUCGCUCCAUCUCUGUGCCUUUGGAACUGGAGGCUCAGAUCAACUCCAUGCUGUCCACUUCAGCUUUGAACUCUUUGUCACGCACAAAUCCAAACUACAAAUCCUCCUCCCGCCACAUCCGCCCCAGCGCUCCCACCAACCCCUGGGACUACAAGAACAUCAUAGAGAAGUUGCAGGACAUCAUAAACACUCUGGAGGAGCGUCUGAAGCCACUGGUGAACGCUGAGCUCUCUGUGUUGGUGGACGUUCUCCAUCAGCCAGAGCUGCUGUUCCCUGAAGGAACCGACGUUCGACAGCGCUGCGAGUCCGGAGGAUUCAUUUCCAAGUUGAUCCAGCACACCAAGGCGCUGAUGUCUUCAGAGGAGAAGCUGUGCAUCAAAGUCCUAAAGACUCUGCAGGAGAUGCUCAUCAGGACUCUGGACUUUGAUGAAAAGGGAAUGGUGCUGCGGAAAGUUUUACUGCAAAACUACUUGUUUCCAAACAAGAAGACCAACCAGAAGAAUGAAUUGGCUGAACUUGGAGUUCCAGGCGGUGAACAGGAGCGGGACUGGGCGGCAGUAGCAGCAAUCCAGUGUCGUCUGGACCGCGAAGGAGGAACAAAGCUGUUCACAGAUCUGGUGAUGAGCACCAAGAAUGAUAAGAUCUUCCAGGAGAGCAUCCAGCUGGCCAUCUGUCUGCUGGAGGGAGGAAACACUGAGAUACAGAACUCCUUCUACAAACUGAUGAUGGGUGACAACAAGUCAGAGAAGUUCUUUAAAGUGUUUAAUGACAGAAUGAAAGAAGCUCAGGCCGACAUUAAAGCAACGGUUUCUGUUAAUGUUGGAGAGAUGACACACAAGGCCAACGAGAAGCUGGAGAACGGUGGCUCCACCACUCUGGGUGUACUUCCGGGUACAGGGGGUCAUCCAUUGUUGGUACCAGGGGUGCCCAUUGCCCCAGGCGCCUCCACUCUGCCAGCUCAACCUAUUGAAGAACAGAAGGAGGUGGAGACAGAGAUGGGACCAGCUGUUACCAUCAUGAAGCCGAUCUUGAGGUUCCUACAGCUGCUUUGUGAGAACCACAACAACGACCUACAGAACUUCCUGCGUUGCCAGAAUAACAAAGCCAACUACAACCUUGUGUGCGAGACGCUUCAGUUCCUGGACAUCAUGUGUGGUAGUACGACGGGUGGCCUGGGCCUGCUGGGCUUGUACAUUAAUGAAUCAAAUGUCCACCUCAUCAUUCAGACCCUGGAAACACUUACAGAGUACUGCCAAGGACCCUGCCAAGAGAACCAGACAUGUAUCGUGACCCACGAGUCCAACGGCAUCGACAUCAUAACGGCUCUGAUCCUGAAUGACAUCAGUCCUCUAUGUCGCUAUCGGAUGGAGAUGGUGCUGCAGCUGAAGGACAAUGCCUCCAAGCUGCUGUUGGCUCUUAUGGAGAGUCGUCACGACAGUGAGAACGCAGAGAGGAUUCUGCUGAACCUGCGGCCACGAGAGCUGGUGGAGGUGAUAAAGAAGGCCUACAACCAGGAGAGUGAAUGUGAAGGGGUGGAGGUGGAAGUUUCUCCUCGGGAGGUGGGACACAACAUCUACAUCCUGGCUCAGCAGCUGGCGAGACACAACAAAGUCCUUCACAACCUCCUAAAACCUCAAAAGAACCUUAAAGAGGGAGAGGAGGGCAUUUCCUCAAUGCUGAACCUGAACAACCGGCCUCUGUCCCAGAUGUUGAAGUCCUCAGCUCCAGCUGCUGUGGUGGAGCAGGACCCGCUGGAUUACUACGAGCAGCUAACUUCACAGAUAGAGAUUGUUCGCGAGGACCGCAGCAUGGAGCAGAUUGUGUUUCCCGUUCAUCCCAUCUGUGAGUUUCUGACAGAGGAGUCAAAGGUCAGGGUGUUCAACACCACCGAGCUGGAUGAGCAGGGAUCAAAGGUCACACAUUUCUUCGAGCAAACCUCAUUCCUGCAUGGAGAAAUGGAGUGGCAGAAGAAGCUGAGGAGUAUGCCAGUGUUGUACUGGUUCUCCAGAAGGAUGACUCUGUGGGGAACAAUCUCCUUUAAACUUGCCCUGUUCAUCAACCUCAUCAUCGCUUUCUUCUACCCCUACGACUCCGGACAAGGUGCAAUCGACGACUCUCUGUUGUUGAUGCUGUUCUGGGUCCUGACCGGUCUCUCCGUCCUGGGUUUGUUCUCUCAGCGUUAUGGCCUCACGCCGCUCACCGUCGCUCUGAUACUCAGGUCCAUCUACCACCUAGGCAUUGGCAACACGCUCAUACUGCUGGGAACACUUAAUCUCAUCAAUAAAGUGGUGUUUGUGGUGAGUUUUGUGGGGAACAACGGCACAUUUAUUAUGGGGUACAAGGCCAUGGUGAUGGAUGUGGAGUUCCUCUAUCACCUGGCAUACGUCCUGACGUCCACACUGGGACUCUUCGUUCACGAGCUCUUCUACAGCAUCCUGCUUUUUGACCUGAUCUACAGGGAGGAGACUCUGUUAAACGUGAUAAACAGCGUGACGCGUAACGGGCGCUCCAUCCUGCUCACGGCGCUGCUCGCUCUCAUCCUUGUGUACCUCUUCUCCAUUGUGGGCUUCCUCUUCCUGAAGGAGGACUUCAUUAUGGAGGUUGACCCGCUGCCACAGAUCGCUGCAGCUUCUCAAAAUAGUGAAGCCUCUCAGGAUUUCCUCAAGUCGUGCUCUGCAGACGGAGUCAGCUGCACUGCAGAGACCAACACUGAAGAGGAAGAGGAGCCCAACUCUGAGCGAGCAUGCGACACUCUGUUGAUGUGUAUCGUUACUGUGCUGAACCACGGACUGAGGAAUGGAGGAGGAGUGGGAGACGUCCUCCGCAAACCAUCUAAGAAUGAGCCACUGUUUCCUGCUCGAGUUGUGUAUGACCUGCUGUUCUACUUCAUCGUCAUCAUCAUCGUCCUCAACUUGAUCUUCGGUGUCAUCAUCGACACGUUUGCAGACUUGAGGAGUGAGAAGCAGAAGAAGGAAGAAAUUCUGAAAACAACAUGUUUCAUUUGCGGGCUCGAGAGAGACAAGUUUGACAAUAAGACAGUGUCCUUCGAAGAGCACAUCAAACUGGAGCACAAUAUCUGGAACUACCUCUACUUUAUCGUUUUGGUGCGCGAGAAAAACAAGACAGACUACACAGGACCGGAGAGCUACGUGGCUCACAUGAUCAAGAACAACAACCUGGACUGGUUUCCACGGAUGCAGGCCAUGUCGCUGGUGGUAACAGACAGCGAUGGCGAGCAGAACGAGAUGAGGCAGUUACAGGACAAACUGGUAUCAACCAUGAAGGUGGUCACAACCCUGACCACCCAGCUGACGGAGCUCAAAGAGCAGAUGACGGAGCAGAGGAAGAGGAGGCAGAGGAUGGGCUUUGUCGACGUCCAGGCCGGAGCGAGCGGCGCGGUGCCUCCCAGCGCCGCAGGAGGAAACCAUCAGAUCUACAAAACAUAAAGACACUCGACACAUUGGCACACAGACGGACUCGAUGUUCACUACAUGGUCAUCUCUAGAUCUGUAAGCCAUCCAGCUGGACUGAUGGACGCAAAGACAGAAACACUAGAAGAGCUGAAGCACAUGCAGCUUUCACAGUUUCAUAACGGCAAAUAUCCAACAGAUUAAAGUUCUGAUUGUCAGCAGAUAAUAUUAAUGUUUGCUGGGUGAUAACAAUAAUUUACUCGGAAUAGCUGAUCUGACUCUCUUAAACCUGCAGCUUCAUCCCGGCUCAGGUCACACGACAAAUUUAGCCCUAAAUUUUCUCAUUCCAGGUGUUUUGAAGGAUUCUGCUCUGGCGUUCUUCACGGCCCAGUUUAAAAAAAAAUACAUAAAUAAGGUAGCCAUAGUUUUCUUUGUGCAGCAGAAGUUUAGGGAUUCUUUCCACCUAAUCAAUUUUAAAUUGAGUGUAUUUUAUUAAGCUUACUUCUCGUGGAAACAGCACAUAUGUAUGGCUUCAAGUGAAUAAUGAAUAAAAGAAAUUAACCAGCACAUGGCUAUUUUAUUUAUGCAGUGUGUUGCACAGCAUGUCCAAAAAUAAUUUCUAAAGUAAUUCCUUAAUUGCUAAACUAACACGAAGCUGUCUGAAAACAGCCUACAAGUAAGUUCAGAAAAACACAGCUAAACUGUUUUAAAUCAGAUCUGGAACCUUUCACAACCAGGGAGAGAACAAAAGCCCUAACGGGAGUCUAAGACCCGGCUAAAACCCCAUGUUAGUAUUAUUAUAAUUAAUAAUAUUCAUCUCCAUGAAAACAAAAUUUAAUUAUAAAAAUGUAUGUUUGGCGCACUGAUACUACCAGAAGGUAGCUAUAAUCUACUAAAAUCCUUGCCAGCAACAAUCAAACAACAAAAGUUGAAGAGAAAGUCCGUUGCUAACCAGUAAAAUGAGGCGAGAUUAAAAUGAGCUGCUGCUGCACAAACAGGAAACACAAAGCCAAAGACGGACGCAGCUGUCAGAAUUCUUGUUUGGCUCUUAUUCAAAGAAAUAUUGAUAUAAUAACUGGCUAACACAUCAGGAGAGAAAAGCUUGGAGAGAAAAGCGUCUGGACUUCUUUAAUUUUCUUGAAGACAUUUCACUUCUCUUCCGAGAAGCUUCUUCAGUCCUAAGGGCAAAUGGUGGAGAGUCUCAGAUUUUUAAGCCCUAAGCUUCUCGGAUGAGAGGUGAAACAAGUAACUUCAAGUAACUUUAAGAAGUCCAGAUGCUUUUCCCUCCAAGCUCCUUAGACUACGAUGACCUGGGUGACUGAGAACCUUUGCAGACAUAGCUAGCACGUCACAAGUCUGCCACAGUUAUACAAGUCAUUUGAGAUCAGUGUGGGCUGGGUGAGUGUCUUAAAAAUGAAAUAUGAAACACAAGGCGAUUACGCUCUGACACAAACAUCCGGAGACAGAAUAGUUGAUUCCUGUUAGGCUUUAAGUCUUCCUGAAGGGCGCGUGGGUAACUAGUAAAUUCUCAAGCCUCUGUAGAUCAUGACAAAAAAAGGAAAAACAUGUAGACACGUGGACAUCUGUGAACCUCUCGCUCACCCACUUAUGAAAAACUUCCAUCGAUCAGACCCAAGUGUACUAUAACAAACUAUAACACACAAAUGUCCACAUCAAGUACCUGGUUUGAAGAAAUGUUUGAAUUGCCAGACGGCUUUACUUAGAAAUGUCUAAUUUAUUGUCUAGCUUCUUAGUUGUUAAUAUCUCAGAAAUCUGUUCUUGUUUACUUGAAUACAGAUAUUAGUUGUCAUUAAUGAGCAACUCGUUUCACGAGAAAUAAACUGUAGAUCCCGGCAUCCACACAGUAGGGGGUGCUGUAGGAAGCGGUUUGUGCAUUUUGUGUCACAUCUUUGGGUUUUUAAGAUGCAGUGAGACAAAACUGGGAGCGUCAUGUUGCAGCUGGAAAACCUCAGGCUGUUUUGUUUUUUUCUUCUGUUUCUUUUUAUCUAAACAGAAAAUGAGUUCAAUUUAAAUUAUUACUUAGACAAAAUGUUUGAUGGCUUUAGUGAUAAAGAGAAGGAGCAAAACGACUACAAACUUCCUGUUUUGGGAUGUGCUCAAGUUUCUACCAAGUUUCAUAAAAACUGCGUGUGUGAAUGUGUGUUUGUAAAACUAACCUUCAACUCACUUUAAUAAUUUUAAGAAAAUGUAAAUAGAAAGAAACAUGCAGCUUGUGUUUGCCAAUUUCAUUUGUGCUUCUGUUUGUAAAGCGAGCUGAACCCACAUGUGUGUUUUUGGUUUUUUAAAUUGUACAUCUGGGGAACUUGUAGGAUUUAAGGUUUAUGUGAGAUAAUGUUUAUCAGACAGAAGAUAUGGUUUGUUUUUCUUUAACGCUGUAACAGACCAGCACCGACGCUGGAUGAUGGAUUUAUGAGUAGAAAUGUCAUUUAGCUUUUUCAUUGAGAAACAAACGAGUCAGAAGUAUGAAGACGAAAACCCACGUUUUCUCACGUUUACAUUGAAUGAACUGUAUUUAAUGCAAACAAUUAAGUUUUAGAUUUAAAAUGCAAAUAUUAAAGUUAAAUGGUUUCACUUUAAGUUUUGGGUCUGGAUUGUAAUUGUUAUUACUCCGGCUGCUUUUGAAACCUGUUUGGAGAACAGGAAGAUAAACCUGAAAGGACUCACAGAUAAUCCUGAAGGGAAACGAAAACAUCAUCAGUUCUUUUCAAAAGUCAGUUGAAAAUGCAUGAAAUUAAAAAGGUCUGACAAACAUAAAAAGAUAAAGAAAAAAUAUAUUUCGAUCCAUCAAAUGCAAAAGAAUGACAUCAUCAUCAUUCAGAAAAAUGUUAUUUCAUUAAAUGUAAACUGUUAAAGACUUUGA